GAGCUGGUGGGGAGUAAUCCUCCACAGAGAAACUGGAAAGGAAUUGCAAUUGCCUUACUUGUUAUUCUCGUUAUCUGCUCCCUGAUUGUCACCUCUGUUAUACUCCUGACGCCAGUGGAAGAUAACAGCUUGUCUCAGAAGAAGAAGAUAACGGUGGACGAUCUGUUCAGUGCUGAUUUCAAAAUUCACGACCCGGAGGCUAAAUGGAUAUCUGAUCAUGAAUUCAUUUAUAGAAACCAGAAUGGCACUGUGAUUCUGAGGAAUGUUGAAACUAACAAUUCAACAGUAUUAAUAGAAAACAAAAAAAUUGUCUCCUUAAAAGCUCUUCGAUAUGAAGUUUCACCUGACCGGGAAUAUGCCCUUUUUGCAUUUAAUGUUGAACCAGUGUAUCAGCAUUCAUAUACAGCGUAUUAUGUCCUCAGCAAAAUACCUCAUGGCCUUCUUGCAACUUUUGCUGAAGAUUCAGGGGUGAAACUUCUAUGGAUCUUGGCCACAUUUGGAUUUGAUGGCCAUGGUUAUGGAGCUGCUUUGGGGUUUUCACAGGGGGCACGCUAUGCUCUGCAGUUUUGCUUCCCCAGAGAUGAGGACCUGGAGGUGCAGGGCGAUGUUUGGGUUCGGCUCAUCAGCUUUCCCGUGUGCCACCCAUUUUCUCCUGCCUUUCCCCAAAAGAAGCUGCUGCUGAUGCUGGGUGCCAUCUAG